CAGAGGCAUAUCUUAAGGUGCAGAGCGUAUAAUUCGGCCGAGAGGGAGUUCAGUCGGACCCGCUUUUAAGAUGUCAAGAGCGCGCAGGCGCCGGUCGUUGGAAUAAGGAGGGGAUCCUCUCUUCCUCUGUCGCAUGACGCCGCAGUAAUCCAUCGGGCGACGUCGGUGCAACAUUGAUUGACGACAGAAUAGCAAUGAAGUUGAAGUUUAUUGUCGCUGUUGCUACCGUCUUGGUCGGACUGUGCGCUGACUGUUCCACUCACCCGAACCCACCCGAAUCUGUUCAGAAUGAAACUUCGACUACGGUUGAGAAAAAUGAUUCGUGGGGUGCUCGGAACUUCCAGGAUCCAGAAGAAGGUUCCAGUUAUCGCCAGUACGAAUACGGCGAGACCUCCCAGGAGCACAGGGACACCUCUCAAUCCAACAGUUACUAUGGUCAGAUGCACUAUGAUCACGAACCUCAAGUUCACUUGCUGUUGGAUCAAGAGAAGGAAAAGUUCCCCCCCUGCCAUCUCUUCCACCUUUUCAGCGCCAUAGCGGUGAUCUUGUUGGUCAUCAUCCUUGUGAACUGCCUGAUCAGCGCGAAGAGUUUGUUGCAUUCCAUCGACAACGUGGCCACCAGCAUCACGACCAACACAAUCACCAACACAAACACUGAUAACAAUAUGGAUAUUAACGAUAAUACUAAUUACAAUUAUAAUGAAAAUGUAAAUAUCAACGAUGUCUUCGGCCGUCAAUUUGACUUUUACGACGACGACGACGACGACGAGAGGAGUUACGACAGCGUAGACAGCUGCGACUGUCGCAACUCCACAGAAGAUUCGUGGUUACUCGGUGCUCCGGAAAGUCUCCAGGGAGUGUGGACAGUCGCUCAGGACUUCCUGUCGGAGAACCACGAGUGCGCCUCCCGAAUGGCCUGUGAAGUCGCAUCCUCCUUCGUGCCUUCUUCAGUGUCACCGUUGUUGGCAGUGCUUCCGUCCACAGUAGGGGAAACCAGGUCCCUUCUUCUGUCCGCUGCAGCUGGAGACUGCGCUGUUACGUACGACAAAUGUCCCAUUUCACUUGCUUCGGCCAUCACUCCUGUCAUGCAAUGGCUUUAGGACUCCCCGCGGCUUUUUCUUGGUGCUGGGCAUCUGCAAAAUAUGCUACCAGCUCUUGAAGAGACUUCUUAUGGUGCUGGACAUUUUCAAAAUAUGCUACCAGCUCUCGAAAAGACUUCUUUUUUGUGUUGGACAAUUGCAGAAUAUGCUACCAGCUCUCUAAGAGCCUUCUUAUGGUGCUGGACAUUUGCAGAAUAUGCUACCAGUAAGAGACUUCUUUAUGGUGCUGGACAUUUGCAAAAUAUGCUGCCAGCUCUUAAAGAGGUUUUUGCUUGGGGCUGGACAUUUGCAUAAUGUGCUACCAACUUUCGAAGAUUCUUAGACCAAACUUAAUUGCUAUCUAUCACCAACAGGCAUUACAACUACUGUUAUGGACUAAAGGGAUAAAGGGAUGUACAUACCAAAAUAAAUACUUAUAUGAGGUGUAGGUUCAUGUGAAGAACUUGAAAAGCAGUUUCACUGAAGGAAUAAAGGUCUCUAAUUUUUAAGUACUGUUGUUUUUAAUCCUGGGAUCAACACAGCCGAUUAACGACGAGGCUAGGCCUAAGGCCAGCCACUUAUUAAGGAGAAAAAGACUUUAACACAAAUGU